AUGUCGGGCCCCUACUCCCACGUUGCAUACUCCAUGCCAAUGGCUGUCCCCUCCAAGGGGAACCAAUACCCCACGUACAGCCAGUACUCCGUGUCCCCUCCGGAAUGCGACGACUCCAUCAGCUCGGCCUCGGGCGUCGCCUCGUACAGCAACAGCGGUUACUCGGCCACCUCGGCCAGCUACGUCGGCUACUCUGCCGGAGAUUACGACACCACCGGCUCUGCUAGCGGCCUCGACUUUCAGGAAUACAUGCAGGAGCGCUUCGCAAACUCCUUCAACCCCAUCCCCCUGGAUCGCAGCAUGGCGGUCCAAGCGCAGACAUCCGGAAAGCUCAACGCAAAGCACCGCGAGCUCGUCGACUUGCAGAAGCAGGCCCAAGCUCGCCUUGCGAAGACGCGCGAGCGGUUUCAGGAGGGCAUGCGUGAUGCGCGCGAGGUGCGCGGAGACUUGGAAUGGACUCAGAAGAAGGUUUCUUCGCUCCAGUCAAAAGCCUCUCGCAAGCAUCCCAAGGAAUACGGCAAGGCUCGCGCGCGAUAUCCGUCUCCCGAGUGUUAG